ACGGAAUAUCGGAGUGCUCGCUUAUUAAAUUUCUCUUCACUAGUGUAGCUGUCACUUGGCCACGCCCACUCACCUCCAUUGGCUCGUGCUGAUGUAUUCAUCGUUAUUUGUUUUUAUUAUCGACCGGAAUUUAAGCGACCACGUGCGUAUUUAUUUACAACGAUCCAACACUAUGUCGGUGUUUAGUGUUGUUAGGCCUUCGACUUUUAACACAUCGUCUAACUGUGCAAGCUGAGCGAUUGACUCGAUGACACCUCUCUAUCUCAAGUUCGAUGCAUCAGUUCCUAUCUUCUUGUGUCAGCCUCUGAUUGCUGAAACAGAUUUUAUUCCUGCGCAAUCGACAUCUCUCACUCGGCAGCGGUUACACUACACGUGCACUAUGACAGCAGUUUACACGUGCUUUUCCUGACGUCUUCAUAUUUACACAAGGUCAAUGGAAUUGACAUAACUAUUUUAUGGGAAUACGAAUAUAAACUAUAGAGUGCUGUGUAUAUAAACUAGAUGCUUCCUGCGGUGGACACGCUGUUCAUACAUAUGACUUCCGUAUAGUGGACAAAACUUUGGUCAGAAAUUGAUUCUAGCUUCACCUGAACUCGGCGACCUUCGUGUGCAUACUUUUGGACAUGGAUUAUUACGAUGCUGAACCUAAGUAAUGCGGUAUAGUUUUUCUAUUGUUAUAUUGUACUUACUGUAAUUGAGGACACCGUGAUAAGACACCUUACGUAAUGGGCAACCAAGCAUUGAACUGUCCGUCUGCGGCUACAGGGGACACCCAGCUAAACACCUAUUUGACACCGCGCCAAAUACAUCUGGUGCAGGACACCUGGGACAUCAUUAAAGAUGACUUGUCGAAACUUGGUGUUAUCGUUUUCCUCAGGCUGUUUGAGACGGAGCCGGACCUAAAACACCUCUUUCCGAAGAUCGUCCAGAUGAACGAGCAGAACAAGCUUGAGUGGGACAUUGACCGGGACAUGCUCACGAAGCACGCGGUGUCUGUAAUGGAGGGACUUGGCGCAGCCGUUGAAAGCCUGGAUGAGUCCGAGUUUCUUAACAGUGUCCUCAUCUCUAUAGGACAGACACAUGUAAAACGACAUGUUAAACCACAGAUGUUAAAGAGACUCUGGCCAUCCCUGAACUACGGUCUAAAACAGGUGCUGCAGUCUAAGUACAAUAAGGAGGUGAACGAAGCCUGGAAGAAGGUCUACUUCUACAUCGUGGCACACAUGAAACGGGGUAUGGAAAAUCCCGACCUCGACAUGGAGUACGACCACAGAUGAGGAUAUUCCGAAUGUCCUCCCGUGUAACCACCAUCGAACUGAUAAACUCGUAAAUCGUCACAGGUUUCGUUAAUGAAUUCAUGUAUGGUUUGAACAACUGUUCGGUAAAUCGUGACGUCAGUUUGGUCAUGGUUUUGACGCAACAAAGACAAUGUCCUUUACUGUAUGUGAUGUCGUAGACGAUUGAUGUGUAGCGAUAAUGAAAUUCAGUUUCCUGAUUGUGUGGCCAUGUUUGUUAAUACGUGUUUAUGGUUUUCAACACAAUUGCUCACGUCACUACAAUGACAGUUGAAUUCCAUCGCCAGGGUUAUUGUGUACAGAUUAAUUCAAGUAUCGGAUACCAUCGUCAAGAGUAUAAGUCGGAGUAGUGUACAAACGACAAAAUAGGAAACAAACUAUGUGAUAAGGUUUUAAAAACAUGCUAGUUUACCAAUGUAAUUUAUCAAAUCAUCUACCAUGUGAAUUAUGUCUAAGCUUACAACAUCAUAACAGCACCAGGACCAAUAAUGGCAAAUAGGAUAAUAUGUACUUCCUAAUCAUUAGUUGAUCGCCAUUUUGCUAUCAUCACAUUGUUUAUUUCUGUAAUUAUUAUAUUUUGUGAAGAUAUCUAAUACACACGAAAGGUGGCAUUUUGGAAUGCAAUAUACUCUGAAGACAACGUGUAUAAUAUACAUGUACAGUACUUGUGACCGUUUUUUUCUUCCUGGUGUUGCAUGUGUACUACAGUCUGUUAUAGGGCAUUGCCUGUCUUCCCCGUGUUUCAUUCCGUACAUAAUAUUUCUAUUUAUUAAGAUAUAUUGUCAAUGGAUUUACUCUAUUAUAUGUAGAUAUAAAGGUCUAUCAGGUAUUUUGUUCUGGCAAUCAUUGCUUUAUUCUCUGGAGAUCGGAACCGAUCCGUAGGACAAUCUUAAUACUGGUUAUGGUCAAGACGUAAGUGUUGUGGUCUCGGAAAUGGUUUAGAGAAUUUGUUAUUCACUAAAGUAUCGGCUUUGCUGUAACACACUUAUAUACAUACAUAUUACUAAAAGCUAUUGUAUGUAAGUGUUAUUUGGUCUUUUAUGAAGGGGAAUUUGGAGGACAAUGUCCUGUGUGAAUUUCGACCGUGAAUGAUUAAUCAAUAUAUUAUUAAUCAGAACAGUAUGUAUGAAUUACAUGAACUGUCUGUAGCAGCGAGUAAGUAUACAGCUGAAGUGAUGUUAUAUUCAUCGCUGAUGACACCUAUCAGCUGACUGAGCGUCAUUUACACGCUACAUUUAUUGUUCCUUUCACCUGUUUUUCGUUUUAAUACAUAUAUAUGUUUAAACAAAUCUAAUUGCCUAUCUAGAAUAGUUUUUUGUUUAAACAAAAUUGUAUUUCUUAUUUGUUCAAUGUAUAGCACUCUGAUGAUAAUCAAGAUAACAUUUUCAGGAAAACAAUGUAUGGAAUGAUAUGAGGUGAUCUAUUAAAAUCAACAGCAACGGAUGAGGAACUUAUAUCGAUAUUGACCAAUUUGUUAUGAUAUAAAAAGAAACUGUAUUUUAAAAUAUAGGUUAAUAUUAUUUUUUGGAUAUGAGUUUAACAAACCAUUGUUAAUGGAAUCAAGAUAAUGAACAAUGAAAACUUAAUGUGCAAUAUGAAUAAUAAUAUUGACCGUCACUAGAGUACGGAACCUUCAAGCAUUUUAAGCACCUUAAACUAGAAAACUUACGCCCAGUCAAGCUGCCGCCCUUUACCGGUAAAAUUCCUAUUUGCCCAGUGUUAAUUUGGCCCUUGACAUGCAAUGACUAUGUACAGUAUGUUGUCUUUUAAUUUUCGUUGUCAGGAUCUAUUCACACUCAUUAGAGACGGCGAAAAAUCCUAAAGAAAAUUUGUGACGAAAAAUUCCCGGUUUUAUCAGCUUGUUCGUUAUCUCCUUAAUUGUAAGUAGUGGACAUGUUUGACUGUUUGUGUGUUAUAACGUCGAACUGCACCUGGUGAGUUUGUAAUGUUUUGUCUGGGAUGAUAUUCCCAAUGCUAUGUUCAGACGCCGGAGAACAAAUUCAUUCGCGUGUAAAUGUUAGUUUUUGUAGAGUAUAUAUGGUUAAAUAACGUCGUGAGCUAUACAAGUGUCCACUGAACUCAUUAAAGUAGAAACAAUAGUUCAUAUCAUCAUAUUUUAUUCUUCAGAAAAAACUUUGUCAGUAGACAUAUCUUAUAGAUAAGAUCAUAUCUUUUUGUAGCUUUUCAAUGCUCCACAUGUCAUCGAGAACAAAACUCGUCUUGUAACGUGCUUUUUCAUUGGUUGGUAUUUCUCAAUGUUACAAAUAUGAUAUGCGUCACAUAUUUUGAAAACGGUAUGACGUAUUGGUGAUAUUUGACGGUGAGAUCAAUACUCCAUAAUUAACUGAAUGGAGUAUACAUCACAUAUUCAUAAAUGGAGCAUACACUGUAUUGUGUAUUAAUGUUAAAAACAACGUUUUCUCUGGAUAUGUAUAUCUAGUUGCAAACUAUUGUGUCGCAUUAUAAUCAAGGAGUCAUAAUUCAUUAGUUUUUUUAUUGGUUAUCUAUUCCGUCUUUGCGUAUUGCAGAGUCAUCUUCUCUUGUGAGCAGGUAUUGAUUG